UGGUGCCUGGCAAGAACAGAUCUGAUAUUUAUAAGAAGUGGGGUCUUUGUGUGCACAGUUCUGACAAGAUUCUGGCACCCUUUCAAGAGUGAAUUUCGCCAGCAAUACUGUUAGAAGAGAACAGAAGAAGCGAUUUGCAGGAAAAUAAUAAGCUUGUUGGAGCUCUGAAGAAGUUGCUAUGAUAAAGUAAAAGAAGCUGUGGCUUGUUCUGCAUGAAGCUGUUUGGAAAAUAGGAGGAGCUACUCUCCUGGGAUAUUUACAUAUGCUAUGAGAAGAAUUUUGCUGUCUAGAAAUAGACAUGAACCUGUUUGCUACUACUGAAAACUUGUUUGAGUGCUUGACAACAGAAGAGGACUGUUAGCUCCUUCCCAGUGGACUAACUUCUGAAACAAGGGACCUCUGCACUUGCUCGUUACUACUGCUGCAAGACUGUAUCCGGCCCUCGAAUGCAGUGUGGAUCUUAGGUUUCAGGGCCUUUUCAGUUAAUACCAUUGUGAAACCGAACAUUUCUGCAAGAGAAAUGAGGAAUGACCAUCUAGAACAGCUGAGAGGCAAGCUGAUGGAGAUUGCAGGUCACCACUGCCCUGUUUUGUUUGUAUGACGACAUUCUGUGGCAUAGCAGCUAUUUCUUCCUGCUUUCAGAGUUCCUAAACUGACAAGAAUGGUCAACAACAGUUCCAGCAGCACUGGGCACAUAUGCCAAGAACCUCCAUGCAGCAUUUUACUGGGUUUAGUUUUAGGUGUUUUAUCAUUUCUCACCAUUGCAAUGAACAUAUUAGUCCUCUAUGCUGUGAAGACUGAGCGAACACUCCAUACUGUUGGAAACCUAUAUAUUGUUAGUCUUUCAGUCGCAGACCUUAUAGUUGGAGCCAUCGUCAUGCCCCUUAAUAUUGUCUAUUGGCUGGACAGUAAAUGGAGGCUGGGAAUAGUAGUUUGCCAGUUCUGGCUAUCAAUGGAUUAUGUAGCCAGCACAGCUUCAAUUUUUAGUCUUUUUAUAUUGUGUUUAGAUCGCUACCGCUCAGUAAGUCAACCCCUCAAAUAUCUGAGGUAUCGAACUCAUGCCAGAGCAACAUAUAUGAUUUUAGCAGCAUGGCUUUUUUCUGUUAUGUGGAUCAUACCAAUUCUAGGUUGGCAUGUUUUUGCAAAUGGAGGAAUGAGGAAAGUGUCUGAAGAUCAAUGUGAAACAGAAUUUCACUGUAAUAAAUUGUUUAAGGUGCUGAUUCCAGUUUUUAAUUUCUAUCUUCCAUCUCUGCUAAUGAUCUGGUUCUAUGCAAAAAUCUACCUGACAGUAAAAGAGCAUUGCAAGAGAAGAGAACUUGUCAAAGAGACAUUUCGAUGCUCUCCUGGCAAAAGCAUUCUACACAGUAAUGGUAAGGGACCCAUGCAUGCUGUAAUGAUUCAAAGUAAAAAUGUAGCAAAGGAUGAUAGCAGAAACCUACGAGGAGAUGAUGAAGAUUAUACAGCUGAUGACUUUGACUCUGAAGAUGAUGAUGGAGACUGGAAAAAUUAUUCAUACUCCUGCGUUACACCAAUUAAAAACAAAACAGAAAAUUCACAAAUGUAUUUUGAAAGGACUGAUGCUGCUCAUUCACAGAAUGCUUUCAGAGAAAAUGGUUCUUCAGGAAGCCUUCCUUUGCCUGGAAAGGUGAAACAUUUUCCACUAGACAUUUGUAAGCAGCAAACACAUUUUGCUUUAAAAGGAAAGACAGAAUCCAGACUAGACUGUGACUUGUCUCUGCAAGAUAUUUCUGUGGUGUCUGAAACACCAGAAAAUGUAAAUUCACAUGACUGUAGAGCUGAGUCUAGUAAAAGUGAUUCUUUGUAUAGAUGUGAUAAAGCUGCUCAUUGGUCAGAGGCAGCUAAUCAAAAGAGAAAGGCAGCAGGGUUUAAUCCUUUUAAGGAAUCAUGGCAAAAGUUCUAUAGUAAUUCUAAGCAACGGGCUCAAGCACUUUCAUCCAUUAAAGAGAAAAAGGCAGCCAAGCAGUUGGGGUGUAUAAUGAUGGCAUUUAUGGUUUGCUGGAUUCCAUAUUUUGUAACAUUUAUGGUCAUAGCUCUUGACGCAUCAUGUUCAGACAAACUGAGAACCAUUCACAUGAUAACAAUAUGGCUUGGAUAUUUUAAUUCAACUUUAAAUCCUUUUAUCUAUCCUUUGUGUAAUGAAAAUUUUAAGAAGACUUUUAAAUCUAUAUUGCAUAUUCAUUCAUAAGCUAGUCUUGUCUUCAUUCAUUCUUUUAUGUUUAUUUUAAAAAAAACUUCUUUCACCAUUGCCAAAGUCUUGGUAUGUAUGGUUGAAAGGUAAUUAUCUGCCUGAAAUUAUGAUACUUUGAUGUAUGAAAACAGAAUAUGUUUUACAUAUCUAAGACAAUGGCUUCAUACUGCUAUCUUGCACAAAUGUGGUAUGCACAGCUGACAGGUUAUUAGCUGCCUAAAAUAAUGACAAAUUCAUGCUUGGAUAAUAGCAAGGCAUGUUUUACAUACCUAAGACAAAGUAUUCCCUACUUAUAAGCUGCCAAAAUGUUUCCAGUUACAGACUUUCAUCGUUAAUUUUCUUUAAACCCGGUAAGAGCAUUUCUCUUUAAAAUACCUGUUUUUAUAUCAGGAUAUGAAGGCAUUAAAACUGUCUAUUGUGUUUACAAGAUAUGAGUGAAAAAAGGGGUGAAAUAAAUAAGAUAAUAACCCAAACUUACUUUCUAUUAUCUUUUUAUGUGUACAUCAUAGGAAACUGAGUAUGCAUACAUUUGACACUGGUGAAACCAUGCUAUUUCAAGCUGUAUUUAGCAUCUUUAAGGAUUUAAUGAUAUAGCAACAAAAAAGCAGAGAGCUAGAAAUUAUGAAGCAAUAUGCAAUAGAUGAAGUAUUACAACAGUAAUGUAGUAGUCUUUGCAGCAGUGAGCUUGAAACACAAACAAGUGUUAUGAGAAAAAAGUACGUAUAAUAAAAUAUGUAAAAAUACACCAUAUGUAGUACAAGAUUUUCAAUAACUUUUCUCCAGUGGUAUGCCAUAAACAUAAUAAUUUAAUGUAUUGUUUUAUUCCUCUAAAUAUAAUUCUAAUAUUCCCAUCAAGUCGUGAAUGGGUGUCAUUCUCUUUAUUAUAGAUAUGCAAUUGGUCAAAGAUCACUCUGGUUGAAUUAUGUAUACCAUUUGAGUAAAGAUAUUUGAUCACAGCAUGCCCAAGAGGUAUGUUGGAUAAUUUAACUUACAUAGUGAUUUCUCUUGCCUGUAUAAGACAGACUCUAGUCUGUAUCUCUGAGUAUAUCUCUGAGUAUAUUUUUGUGAGUGUUUAAGGGUAGUAAGGUUGUUUUUGAGUGUGUGUUCAAAAGCAGACCAGGUGCGUGUGUUUUGUCUGUGUAUGGGAGCAGUUAAAUGGUAAGAAUUUGCAUGUAUAUGUGUGAAGGUUUUGAUGUGUGUGCGUGUGUGUGUGUGUGUGUGUUCUGGUGAUUGUGGAGUGAGUGGAUUCUGCAAUGAGUAUUAAAACUGUGAGUGAUGUUUGUGCAGGUGAGGUUUGCAAUGUGCUUGGUCCACUGUUGGAGAUAAGUGUAAAGUUCAUAUACAUGAUUAACUGUAAUCCAAUGGUAAAGUGUCAUGUGUGUGUGGGUAUGUGAGUUGUGUAUAAGUAGGGAGUGACAUAUGUGUUUUAAAUGUGAAUGUGAAGAAGCUGGGAGAGUGGCAUAAAUGAAGGCUGAUUUAGAAAGGAUGUGUGCGGAUGUGUCCCAAGUGGCAUUUGCCCCAAAGCUGAGAUCUUAGAACUGGCUAUUUAAGUUUUGGGGGGCUUGCCCUCCAUGUGAAAAGUUUGCUCUGUAAGUGUGGGUGCAGAUUAUUUCAUGUGAAGUGAUAAGUGAGUUUAGUGCUUUUGUGUGUGCAUUCACGUGAGUGCAAGGAGUUUGUUUCUCAAUGAUUAGACUAGUAAGUAAAUGUGCUAGGCCUAUCUUUUUUGACCAAGUGGCUCUCAGCCAGCCUGACUCAAGAUUUUAGAUAACAUCAUUUCAUGAAUUACAGUUUUAUAAAAACUGGAACAUGUUCAACAGCAUGUACUCACCCAGAGCCUGCAAGCCUAAGAAAUAAAUUGUCUAAAUCUUAGCUAUAACUCUUGCAAUGUAAAUAGCAAGUAAAAUGGUACCAAACAGUUUGUGUACAUAAAAAUGAUUGUGAGGUGAGAGAAGCACUGAUCAAAGCACUGAUUAACAUCUGCAGCUUCAAUCAAAGAGAUUCUCGGGAGGAGUUAGCAAAACUGUUUCAUAUGUAAGUGUGCGUGGUCACCUGCUUUAUGGCAAAUACAAAGCUGGAGAGUCCUGACCAAAACACCAAUUAGUGAUUCUCAAAAAUGAAGUUCUAUUAAUAUGAGAUAAAAGCUGAGAAUUUUCAAUGUAAUUUUUAAGUGAAAUUCCCAGUUAAUACCAUCAUUCCAUUAUACUUCUUAGUUGAGCUGCAUGAUCUCCAUUUGCAGGCAAUUUUUGUUUUUUAAUUUUAGUUUAUAACUCAAUACUUUUUCUCUGUAGAGCAGGUUUAUUUCUUCUUAUGUUAACAAUUAUCAUAUACUUGACCUAUUAGAAUAUCAUUGUUCAAAAAAGUGCACCCAGAUGAGCAAAUAUGCAUAUAAUCGAGCCACCACACUAGUGAGUUUCAUAAUACCAACCUAGUAUACAACAAUGCAGCAUCACUGUGUAGCUUACAUGAGAAUAUGCACUAUGAAACAGAGAAGAAAUAAUGUGUGCCAUGCCUGGAGUCCUAUACAUAGCAUAUAGCACAUCUGUAUCCCAAAUGGGUAAGGAAGGGCUAAUCAUAGAUGGCUACUUGUACAACCUAGAGGAAAAAAAUAGAAAAUAUGUGGAAAGAUGUCUGAAGCUCACAUCCAGGUGCAAAGGUAGUGCCAUCACAAAAACAACUGCUGAGGGAGAAGUGCUGAAGAAAACAACAGAGUCCUACCAUAACAAUGAUCCACAUGAUGUUCAAAUGUACAUAACCUGUGCAGACCAGAAAAGGAGAGCUGAUUUGACCCAGGAUAUCCAUUGUUUCUUUGUGGAUGACGUUAUGGUGGGGAUGUCUUUGGAGUGCACUGUUUCAACCCAAAAAGAAGGCAAUGCUACAGCAGGUCCACAGAAUACAUAGGAAACACUUCAUUAGGAGAGUCUCUCAGGACAUCUGUUUAGAAAGCCUAAGUGUCAACAAGUAUACCCUAAAAACAGUUGAGUUAGCACAAACAAGCAUGUCGGAUAUGAGCAGCCGCACUCAUGCAGUACAGUAUGGUUGAUGGAUGGUACCUUUAUGUCAAAAAGGUAUCCUGUGCUGUCAACUCUACAGUGUACCUGGAUUCAUAAACUAUCAUAUUACAUGUAAAACAAUCCCCUGGUUUAUUGCUUGAUGUUGAAGAAACUGCAAAAAUAUAUCUAUCUAUGGCAGUGUUCAUUUGGACUCUUAGUAGGAAUAUGGUUGCUCUGUGAAAUCAAAACAGCUGCAAUGAAGAGUAUCGCCAGAAAUAUUAAUGGGGCUGUUUCAAAAGGUUAUUCAUUUAAUUUUAGCUAAAAUAUAUGAUGAUGAAAGAUACAGUCCCUGGAAUUGGAACCACUGUAUGAGAAAUGUCUAACAUUCCAGCUGUGCAUGGAAAAUUUGAUAGCACUAUCAGUUUCGGAAGAAAGUGAAGUACUAGAUGACUUCUACACAUUGUGUGGUAUAUUUCCAAUAAAGGGCAGGAAGUUAUAGCUUUAGUUUGCAAAACAGUACCUUUUGGGUAAGCCUAGGAAGUUUACCAUAAGGACGACAUCUGCUAGCGUUUUUCACCUUAUUUCCAGUUUUACUUUGAAAUACAUUGAUAUUAAGCAAUUUAUUUCUACCAUGCAUGCAGAACUCAGUGAAAGGGUGGCACAGGAGACCACAGUGCAUUUUGAGACAUUGCAUUGCUGACCUCACCUCAGUGAUGUAUGUUCUCAUAUGUGAACAAAACUGUGCGGAGGACACACACACGUGAGGAUAUGUGCUGGAUGUCCUGCUUCACCCAUGAGGAGAAGACUAACAAAAUGCCAUCAACAGUUCAGCCUUUUGCUGCAACAAAUGCUUUUCUCAAAGCAAUUGUCAUGUAACUAAGAUAUGAAUUGUCAAACCAUUCCUAAUGUGCAAUGAGUUAUGGGUGGUCUACACAAGGCACAGAAUACUUCAGUGUAAAUUUAUGUUUCAUCCACGUUAACUGUUAUAAAGAGUUAGAAAGAACUUUACAGCCAACAAAAGCAAUCUUCCUAACCAGCCCAAUGAUACUAUAAAGAUUUUCCUACUGCACAACCCAUGUCUGAAUGGCAAAGUAGGUGUCAGUGACUCAGUGGCUAGGAGGGGAAUUUUUUUCUUUCAGAAAGUGAAUGUGGUGUUAUUUCCUGCUCAGCUACAGUCCCCAGUAGAGGCCAGGGGCUAUAACUCAGGUAGACAAAAUAAGGGGAAAGCCCAAGUAAAGCAGGGUCUUCAUAUGGUAGCUCAUGAAAAUCAACUGUAGUGAUGCCAUCACUUGCCACGUGUAUGAAUGGAGAUUAUGAGUAGUCAACAUGAGAAUAUUUUCCUUGUCAUCACAGUGUGCCACACAAUGAUGCCUGUGUCUUCUCUCCAUUGUUAUAAAAUGGUUGAGGCUGUUGAUUGCAAACCUUUCUUUUCUGCAUGAAAUGACACAGUUUGGCCAUUUAUAAAGAUAAUAAUACUAGAAGGAUCAUGAAUUGUAAGGGCGGAAGUUAACUGCACCAAUGCAGAUAUUUUCUUACUCUUAAUUAGUACAAUAAUACAUACAUAAAUGAGCAGGUAUACAAGAUAACACAUGCUCACAUAAAACAUGGCCUUCAAAAUGCAGUUGUGACAUCAUGGACUUUAAUAUGAAUUUUCUAGUGAUGUGCCAGUGGCUACCUCUCUACAGGUUGUCUCUCCACAUGGCCAAACAAGUUUCAAAGGCCCAUGCUGAAUGUGGAUAAUCUAGACCCCUGUCUGUCUUUUCAUUUUGUGUAAGUGACCUAGGUAUGUAACAUGCAAGAAUGACAGAGUAGGUAAACCAGGGUAAUCAUUUCCUUUCCAUGCUCACAUGUUUGGGUGUGUGAUUAAAUUUAAACAGAAUUUUGCCCUAUUUCAGGUGAAAUUAAACCAUAUUUUAAUGACCAUAUUAGGUUUCCCAAGCUAGGAAUUACACAGUUCUGCAUUCCCAAUCAACAACCCACAUCAUGCAGGCUGUGUACGUAUUUCUAUAGCCCUAUUCCCAUUACCUGUUAGCAUGUGUGCACCUCUGUUAACAUGGAGAUCUCUUCCAGUAUGUGCAUAGACACCUACACAUACACACACACUCACACACAUAUAUAUUUAAUGGCUACUAUCACUGCCGUGGGAGCACUAAGAUCAUCUAUGGCCAUUGAUAUCAUACAAUUUUUUUCCACUUCUACAGGAACAAUCUGGCAACCAGAAAACAUCCCUCCCUCUAAGAUGGGCAAACUGGGGUUGGCAUUCACUCCCAUCCUGCCUCAGUGAGGUCUUCCAGUGUCCAAACUGCUAGUUGAACUUAUGUCAGCUGGGUCAUAGUCAGGAGUUUGGACGUCUAUGCUAGAAAUACAGACUAUAAAUAACCUACUAUCAUUUUCAGUCAUCCUAAGGUAUUUUAGAUUGAUGCUGUUAGCAGCAGCAGGAGAUAGUGUGGAGACAGGAGCAGAGUGCAUGCUGAAGCCUUGGCAUUGCUUCUCAUUUUGCUGUUGCACUGAAAGACAAAUCCCACAGAUCACAUCACCAAUAUGUUAAAACAGCACCAUGAUAGAUAUAAAGCAUUUGAAUGUCUGGCACUAUCAAUUCGCUCUCCCAAAACACUAUUCUUUUGUGAUCUCUGCCACAUACCAGUGCCAUACAGAGUCAAGUAUUCAAUACAGUAUCAAUACAAGAAAGCACACUGCUCAUUUAUACAUAAGCAUGCCCAGGUUAGAUAAACAGCAGCUGUGCAACUUGGCUAUCCUCUUUUUUUUACUGUUUACCACUGAAUAUUUGUGAAUAUAUGGAGGGGUGCCAGUCACUUUUGAAGACUGUCCGUCCAUCAUAUCCCAGGCAGGUUUAACCCAUAUAGCUUUAGGCUGCUGCAGCAGUAAUGACUUCAAGCAUCUACUAUCAUGGUAAAUGCAACUUGUAAGGAUGUACUCCAUGAACAUUUACCUACAUGUCCUUACACACCCAUGUCUUUUUAUAUAACUUAUAUUUUAUUAAGUGUUGAAAGCAGGUUUAAAGCAAGGUCGGCAGACUGAUACUACUGAGUACUACUUGUGCUAGCAAGUACCAUCUGGUUUGUAGACAACUGAGAUGAUAGUGUUACUUUUGUUAAGCACAAAAUAAGUUAAUUUAUAAUCAUAAAAUGCAACCACAAAAAGUAAAAGAUGUGCAUUAUUCUGAAGACUAGAAAAGUAUAUGGCAACAAGUGCAAUAGUUUACAACAAAAUAAUAACAAGGAAUGAUGAGAGAGAGACAUCUGUGACUCCCAGACAAAGUCAAUCUGUAAUCACAUUGCCAGCAGCCACCAGGAAACUACAUGGAUUCAAGAAAAAAGUUUUGAUCACAGUAUACAUCCAAACUGAGUAAUGACUGCAAACAUGGUUACCACAAUUGCUACCAAUAUACAUUGUAAACAAACAGCUAUAUUUGUUGUUAAUGAUGAAGCAUUAACUGAAAAAGGUAUGCCAUAUAAAAGGUUUAUAAUGGAGGAUAUAGAAAAUAUUUGCCUUGGGCUUGUUUGGGUACUAAUGCUACAAAACAAUGUCAGAUACCAGUAGUAAUUAUAAUUUCUAGUAGUGAGCCCUUCUGUACCUCAUAUUGUGGGAUAUCACAUGACUUGUCUUGCUGUUAGCUACUUCUUUACUGAACCUCUGUACUUACAUUUCACAUUAUAUUACCUUAGUUAUAUUGCCAUUUUCUUGCUGUGCAUAUUCUUCUGUAAUUAUAAAUUAUGAUGUGGUAAUUUUUACAAUUGCAGUCAUUUAAUAGUUUGUAAAUUACCAUUACUGUCAUCAUAUAACUUCCCUGUCGUUUUACUGUUGGUGCUUAAUAUCUGUACAAAAAAAUGCCAUUCUGUCCAUGCACAUAGUCUUUUAUGCCUACAGAAUUAUGUUAAAAGUCUUGUAUAGUUUUACUUUUAGGUGCACAAAAUGUUUGUCCUUUUAAUGCAUUUUAUCACUUUGUAACUGGAGUAUUUAUGUCAAAGCCAACAUUACAGUGAAAUAUCAAUCUAGAAACCUGAACAGCAAAAGACAAACAAAAAAUAAAUCAA